GAAGCGGGGCGGAAACGGGGCGGGACGGAGCUUCGGAGCUGAGAGGGGAAGUCCGGGUGUGUACCCGCCGCCGGUGCCCCCACCUCCUCGCCCUCGCCAUGAUCAUCCCGGUGCGCUGCUUCACGUGCGGCAAGAUCGUGGGCAACAAGUGGGAGGCCUACCUGGGCCUGCUGCAGGCGGAGUACACCGAAGGGGAUGCCCUGGAUGCGCUGGGCCUGAAGCGCUACUGCUGCCGUCGGAUGCUGCUGGCCCACGUGGACCUGAUCGAGAAGCUUCUGAACUAUGCGCCCCUGGAGAAGUGAGCCCCCAUCCCCGAGGACCUGGAUCAGCCGUCGGCCGCGUGGAAGAGCCCCCAUCAGCUGUCUGCCACAAGGCCUC